CCUUGCGCUCUUCCGUCGCCUGAGAAGGAAAUCUCGGCCACGGGGAGGGAGCAGGAAUCUUGAUUUAUUUUUCUCUCCCUGGACAACUUGUGUGCGUCUCCCCUUCCCCCCUCCUCGCAAUGUUGGAGACACGAGUGUGUGCGUGCGCGCCCGGAGGAAGCAGCGGCAAGCGCCUCUCCUCUCCUCCGCCCUCUACUCCCUGCGUCUAGGGCUUUGCAAAGGAGGAGGAAGAGGAAGAUGACGAGCCAAUGCAAUUAGCCUAACAAGGGACGGGCGGCGGCGGCUUUUGCCCGGGCCACUGACACAUCCUCGUUCUUUCCUCGCCGGGGCGACGGAGGAGGCGGCUCGGAGUCCGGUUGAAAAAGUCCAGCGGGAUCUUCCCCUUCGCUCCUCUUUUCCUCGCGGGGCUUUUUGGAAAGGGGGAGGGAGAGUCCCUUUUUUCCCGGACCCCAUUGUGAAGAGGCGGCUUGCUUGGGAUUUGCGCGCUGGACGCCGCUUUUUAAAACAUUUUUGCUCUUUCCUAAAAGGUGGAGACGGGUCGUUUUCCUGGCUGAGCGUUAUCUUUUUAAGGUGGGAGUGGCUGCCCCCCCCCCCGCUCUUCCUUGGUGCAUGUGGGCAGCCGUGUUUUUCUUUUGCUUUUCCCUCCGUCCCCACUUCCUCCCUCGGGCGCCUAUUUUUGCCGCGCGCCACUCCCCCCCCCCCCCCAAUGUGGACUCCAGCGGAUUUUUUCUUCCUUUGUAACUGGGGACUGAAAUAAUGGCGACCCGUUGGACAGCGGGGCCACCCGGGGGAGAGGGAGCCCCUCCACCGGCCGAAGUCCCCGGGAACUGCAGCCAGGUGUCCAAAAAUAAAGAUGGAAAAGAGCAAAGUGAAGCAGUGUCCUUGUCAGAGGAUGAAGAAAAUUUCUCUUGGCCUGGACCCAAAAUGGUAGUUUUACGAAGAACAUCACAAGGCUUUGGCUUUACCUUAAGACAUUUUAUCGUUUACCCUCCAGAAUCUGCUAUUCAGUUUUCUUUAAAAGAUGAAGAGAAUGGAAAUAGAAGUGGGAAACCAAGAAACAGACUGGAGCCAAUGGAUACCAUAUUUGUUAAACAAGUUAAGGAAGGAGGGCCUGCUUUUGAAGCUGGACUGUGCACAGGUGACAGAAUUAUAAAAGUGAAUGGGGAAAGUGUCAUAGGAAAGACAUAUUCUCAAGUAAUUGCUUUAAUUCAGAACAGUGACAGUGUAUUGGAACUUAGCAUUAUGCCAAAAGAUGAGGACAUUCUUCAACUUCUGCAGUUUUCAAAGGAUAUUACAGCACUGGCAUAUUCCCAGGAUGCCUACCUGAAAGGCAACGAAGCCUAUAGUGGUAAUGCUCGCAACAUACCUGAGCCUCCACCAAUAUGUUAUCCUCGAUUAACAUCUCCAGCUUCUGUCAUGGCACAACCUAUUGAGAAAGCACCUCCUGACUCAUCACUGGGAAAGCAACCAAGUAGCAGAGCUGUACGGACAUCAGCACAACCUGAAAAGGCCUACAGGAAAGAAAUACAAGUGCCUCCAUCUCCAACAGAUAUUGCAAAAUCUAACACAGCCGUCUGUGUUUGUAAUGAGACUAUAAGAACUGUUGUUGUGCCUUCUGAGAAGGCUGUAGACUUCUCAUCGGUUAGAACAAACCACACUAGUCCAUCACACCGGACAGAGGAUAUAAGAUACGGUUUCAAGGAACAAACCUCUCUAAAAACAAAAGCACGAACCACUUCACCUUCUUCUUCAAUGUCCACUGCUGUUGUACUUCCCCAGACUCCACUUACAAGGCCAAUAGAUCCCCCAGGAAUAGCUAAUGAUUCUGGAAACUAUGGAGGGCACCCAGAAGGAGCUUCAAGUUGUAGAUCUCCUGCUCAGAGUCUAGAUUCUAUCGCUACUAAUCACUAUACUUCUCCAAGUGCCCAUCAACACAUAGACUGGAAAAAUUACAAAACCUAUAAAGAAUACAUUGAUAACAGACGCUUGCACAUGUAUGGUUGCAGAACCAUACAGGAAAGGUUAGAUAGUUUAAGAGCAGCAUCUCAGAAUACAACAGAUUAUAAUCAAGCGGUAGCAAAUUGUACUGGUUCACAGGUACGUCGCAGAAGCACUUCUCAUGAUAGGAUCUCACAGUCUGUACAAAUUCGGCAGAGGAGCAUAUCCCAGGAAAGACUUGAGGAUCCUGUAUUACUCAAAGAGUGGCCAAGGAGUGCUUCACAAGAUACUCUAACUUCACCAGUUGCCAGCCCCCGAAAUCAUAGGACACGCUCCUGGGACUAUUUAGGCAAACAGGGUGAAGCAGUGGAAAAUGCUCACACUGAAAAUCUUGCUGCAGAUUCAAGCAGAGCCAGAAAAAAGACUUACAAAUGUACUGGAUUUACUGAACAAGAUCGUCGAGGCAUUUAUGAAAGACCGCGGCAACAUACCUUUCACCUGUCCCUUCGUGGUUCAAAUUUUACUAUGGCUUCUGGUGCUUGUCAUUCAGAUGGCAGACAAAUAAGCAACCGAGCCUUAGGACCCUUUUCUCAGUUCCAGAAGGUUUCACCAGAUGUAAAAGUGCUGCAGCCCUCCAGAGAUUUGCCAGCCACUGGAGCUUCAAAGUCUACAGCCAUUUUUCAGGAAAGAUCAUCUCACUUGACAGCUAGAAGCACAAGAAGUAGUUCUUUGAAGACCUCUGUACUUCAUGCAGCAAAGCCAUCAUUUCCCCUUAAUCAGAGUCUGGAUAGUGCUGCUACUAAAGACCAAAGAGAAAUUAAUCAUGUGCACCAUAGUGGUUUGUUAACUCAACAAUCAAGGAUACAUGCAGAAAUUCUACCAGAUCGCAAAUUAGAAAUGGGCAAGGCUAAUCUUUCCCCUGUUUCCUGCACAGCUUCUGCCAAAUUUGUCCCACAAAUGAAUGAGCACUUAACUACCUCUGUUAAUUUAGAUGUCAGACAAAAGAGUCAAGAUUUUGAAACAGAAGAUAUAAAACAGCCUGAGGUUCAACCAAUGGAUGUGGCAAAUGAGAAGGAAGUUGUCUUACGGGAAAAGUCUCCUUCUGGCCAUCAAACGCCACAACUUUUGCGACAUCAAUCCUAUAUUUUAGCUGUAAACGAUCAAGAACCUGCCUCUGAGACCACUUGUUGGUUACCCAACGAUGCACGCCGAGAAGUUCAUAUAAAAAGAAUAGAAGAAAGGAAAGCCUCUAGCUCAAGCCCACCUGGUGAUUCCUUGGCAUCUAUUCCAUUUAUAGAUGAACCGGCUAGUCCUAGUAUUGACCAUGACAUCAGCCACAUUCCAGCUUCUGCUGUUAUUUCAGCAUCUUCCUUGCGAGCACCCACCAUCACCACUGUUCCUCCUAGUCCUACUGCUCUAGUUCCUUUAAUUCGACGUCAGCUAUCUUAUGGCCAUGAAUCUAUUAGGACGAGUGUCUUAGAUGAUCAGUUCCCUGCAAAAAGUGAAAGGUCCAAAUCUUAUGAUGAAGGACUUGAUGACUAUAGAGAAGGAAAAUUGGCCAUAAAGCAUGUGCCAAGCUUAAAGGGAAUUAAGCCUCCAGACAGCCAAGCAUCUUUAGAAAAUGCAGGAUUCAGAAAAGCUUCUUCUUCAGACAUCUUUGGUGAUACCUCCAAAGAAGGAUAUCUCCAUUUUCGGCAGCUAGUUCCAGACAAGGGGAAGAGAGUUGGCGGGAGCAUCCGGCCAUGGAAACAGAUGUAUGUUGUUCUCAGAGGGUGUUCGUUGUACUUAUACAAGGAUAAAAAAGAACCAACAAUGCUUUUGGAGGAGGAACAGCCCAUCAACAUCAAUGCUUGUUUGACAGACAUUUCGUACAGUGAUACCAAGAGGAAACAUGUGUUCCGGCUUACUACAUCAGACUGCGAAUACCUCUUUCAAGCUGAAGAUAGAGAUGACAUGCUGGCAUGGAUUAAGGCUAUUCGAGAAAACAGCAACUUAAAUGAUGAGAACACAGGUGUCACAAGCAGGGAUCUAAUUAGCCGGAGGAUUAAAGAAUACAGCACAAUUAUGGGCACUUCAAGUGGCAAAACAGAACCAUCUCCAAAAACACCCCGACAGAGCCUGAGUAUAAGGCAGACAUUCCUUGGCACGAAAACUGAGCAAAGAACUCAGCCCCCGCAUUCUCCUAAGGAGGAAUCAGAAAGGAAAUUCCUUGCUAAAGAAAAAGAUGAGACAAGCCCACCCAAAGAUAAAGGUACAUGGCGAAAAAACAUUCCAAGCAUCAUGAGAAAAACGUUUGAAAAGAAGCCAUCUGCUACUGGCACAUUUGGUGUCAGACUAGAUGACUGUCCUCCAGCUCAGAGCAAUAAGUACAUUCCACUAAUCGUUGAUGUAUGCUGCAAGUUAGUUGAAGAAAGAGGUCUUGAAUAUACUGGUAUUUAUAGGGUUCCUGGAAAUAAUGCUGCCAUCUCAAGCAUGCAAGAAGAACUAAACAAAGGAAUGACUGACAUUGAUGUUCAGGAUGAUAAAUGGCGAGACCUGAAUGUCAUAAGUAGUUUAUUGAAGUCCUUUUUCCGAAAGCUUCCAGAGCCACUCUUUACUAAUGAGAAAUAUGCAGAUUUCAUAGAUGCCAACAGAAAAGAAGAUCCUGUCGAGCGACUGAAAACACUGAAAAGGCUGAUCCAUGAUUUACCUGAACACCAUUACGAAACACUCAAAUUUCUCUCUGCACAUCUGAAAACUGUAGCAGAAAAUUCAGAAAAGAACAAGAUGGAACCAAGAAACCUGGCAAUAGUAUUUGGUCCAACACUUGUGAGGUCAUCUGAAGAUAACAUGACACAUAUGGUUACUCAUAUGCCAGAUCAGUACAAAAUUGUAGAAACACUUAUCCAAAAACAUGACUGGUUUUUCGCAGAAGAUGAUGCUGAAGAGCCUUUUACAGCAGUUCAGGAGGAAAACACAGUAGAGUCUCAGCCAGUGCCAAACAUAGAUCAUUUACUCACCAACAUUGGAAGGACUGGAGUAUCUCCUGGAGACGUAUCAGAUUCAGCUACUAGUGACUCUGCAAAAUCUAAGGGUUCUUGGGGAUCUGGAAAGGAUCAAUAUAGCAGAGAGCUGCUCAAGUCCUCUAUAUUUGCAGCAGCCAGUCGCAAGAGGAAAAAAGCGAAAGAGAAACUGCAGCCCAGCAGCUCUGAAGAUGAGCUGGAUAGUGUGUUUUUCAAGAAGGAGCCUGCAGAGUGCUGUUACAGUGACUCAGCAAAAGAGGACCCCUCCAAAGAGGAGAUGGAGAUGGAGAUGGCAGGGAGAAAACAGAGAACUGUAGUUCCAAAAGAAAAGGAGGAAAGUGUUAACAGGCCUUCUGCCGCAACCAAGGAUGAAAUCACAUUGCCGAGGAAAGAGAAUGUGUCCUCAGAAGAACUCUCAGCAUCUUGUUUCCAGAAAUACACAAGAUCCCCAAAUCUCAGCUGUCGGCUAAGUGCGCAAAAGGAUUGCCAUAAACUUCCCAUCUUCCAGAUUGCUUCUCAGAUGGAAGAAACUGUUUCAGACUCAGGCACUAUCCUUAGCAGUUCUUCACAGGCUUCUCUGCAGAAAGUCUCCUGUAAAAGAUUAGGAAACCCUGAAAAUAAAUACAGUGAGUUUUUAGCAGCUGAUGUCAGCUCCAUCACUUCUGAUUACUCCACAACGUCCUCUACUACAUAUUUAACUGGUCUAGAUUCCACAAUGCUGUGUUCUGAAGUGCAGUCAGUGACAGAGAGUAAAGGGGAAGAGGCUGAUGAUGAAAGAAGUGAAUUGAUCAGUGAAGGUCGCCUUGUGGAAACAGACAGCGAGAACGAUUUCCCUGUUUUUGCAGCAAGUUCUACUGUGGACAGGCUGUUCCGAGGGAAGACUCAAGACAUGGCAAAGAACAGCAGGAGAAACUCUGAAGAAAGUGAAGUAAGUUGUACAGAGGGUAGUUCAACACCAAAGUUGGACAGCCGCAGACUUUUCACUUCCCACAAACUUAUUGAAUGUGAUACUCUAUCUCGGAAAAAGUCGGCUAGGCACAAGACAGAUAGUGAAGGCUCAGGGGAUGCAAAAUGUGAGAAGGAAAUCCCAGCAGUAACUAAAAGAGUGGAUAUAAAGAAAGGAAAGACAGCCAGCAGCUUAACCACAUCAAGAAGUGAACCUGUCAAACAGGAGCCUACAUGGAGACUCAAGAUUACAGACAGAUUAAAGUUACGUCUCAAGUCCUCUGCAGAUGAUAUGUUUGGAAUUGGCAAUCAGAAGUCAAACCCUGCAGACACCUCCAAAAGAAGAAACAUCAGGCGAAGGCACACAUUAGGAGGACAGAGAGAUUUUGCUGAAAUAAGUGUUCUGAAUGCGUGGAAAGCUCAAGAGAAAAACCCAAGCACGGAGAAGGAUGUUUCAGCAGUGAACCGGUUGAAACCAAAAUGUCCAUCUCAGGACCUCUCCAUUUCAGACUGGCUCGCACGAGAGCGUUUGCGGAGUAGCACAACGGACCUUAACAUGAGUGAAACUGUAGAGACUAAAAGGGAGAAUGUAAGCCCAUUAGAUGAUUCCUCAAAGACAGAGUUCUCAUUGUCUGCAGAGAUGUGGUCAGAAGAAGGUGGUUCUUCUGGUAGUAAUUUGACUCGGGUUCCUAAAACCCCUGGGUCAGGGCCACUCCCAACACUAGACCACAUAAAUGGAGAAAGCUAUCAAAAUAUGAACAAAGGCAGCUUCAGCCCAGCUGUUGAUGCCCACCCUCAUAAGUUGUCUGGGACCCAGGUGGUUAGGUCUCGAUUCUACCAGUAUCUUUGAGACAGUUAAAUGGCCACCACCGUAGUUCAAUAGCAGCUUCUCUCUUGACUUUUCCUCAAUUGCUCUGUAUGUUUUUUUUCCACCUGCACAGUGUUACUUUGCAGCGAAGGAGGUUUCUUUCAUCAGCAUGCACUAUGCAUUAAUGCAGCUACAAUAUUGUUUGGGAUGGUAGAGGGUUUUUUAAUAUAUAUAUAUAUAUAUAUAUAUAUAUAUAUAUAUAUAUAUAUAUAUAUAUACAUACAUACAUACAUACAUAUAUAUCUAUAUCUCUAUAUAUAUAAUUUUAUUUUAAAUAAAAGUAUAUUUGAUCACUGCAUAUACAUGUUGAACAGAGCAUCUAAUGCAACAUGCUGUGUAAUAUGUAUAUGGAUUUAAUGACUGACAAUUGGCAUUAGUUGGAAGAAAAAAAUUUCUUUUGGGUUUAGUCACUAACAAGUGCCUCAUCAAAAAAAAAUGGUUCAUUUGGUUUGUUAAGGUGCCAUAAUAAUUGUUACAUUUAGAGGAUGUUAAACAUAAAGAACAAAUUGAUGCAUUUUACUGUUAAGACAUUUCAUUACAUUUUACAAAUUUUAACACAGGUGGGUACAGAGCUUCCAUUCCUUAGGCAUUCCAGUUGGAUUUCUGAGUUUUAUAUUCUGGUUUUAAUACAGUUUUUGAGUUUUAUGUGACUUGAAUUUUUAAUCUUUCUGUAAAAUAAGUAACUUAAAUGUAAAUACUUCAUGUGUGUAUCUUUUCCUCAGAUACCAGCUUUGAUAUAAAUGUUGUAACAUAGAUAUGUAGAUAGUAGAUCCUGGAUACCUGGAUAGAACUGGUUUCUUUUACCGAGAAUAUAAUUCUGCAUGAAGAUUUAAUGAAUCCAAAUCUGUACAUGCGUCUGUGCAUACCCACUUAAAACACUGGAAAUAAAUUUGUUUUGAUUGUU